GUCAAAAAAAGAAAAGAAAAUAAAGGACUCAGCGUCUGGGUGUUGGUGCACAGCAGAGCAGAUGAGGAUUCGGGAUUAGGGGGCUGGGCCGUCCGCUGGGUGGGAAAAGCGAAGAAGCGUGCCUCCAGACGUCCAGUUGGUGAGCGGCGGACGGUGCAGCAGCGUCGCAUCCUUCCCUUCCGCAGCCGCAGCAGCAGCAUCACCCGCUCCUCAUCCUCCUCAUCCCGCAUCCACACGCCGCAGCAGCACGCUGUAAGGGAUUACGAGGAUCUACAAGAUGGUGAAACUGGGGAGUCAUCUUCAGGACAAAGGGGCCAAAGCAGUGAGUGUGGAGGACGGCUUCCAAAACGUGCCCCUCAUCACGCCUCUGGACGUGGGCAGCUUGCAGAGCCAAGCCCCUGACAAGGUUGUGGUGAAAACUCGCACCGAGUACCAGGCGGAGAAGAAGAGGCUGAAGGUUCCCAAAGUGGAGGAGUUCACCAUCAGCUUCACCGACGGCGUGUCUGAGAGACUUAAGGUGACCAUCCUGAUCAUCCUGGCCUUGGCCUUCCUCGCCUGCAUCGUGUUCCUGGUGGUUUACAAAGCCUUCACCUAUGACCACGCCUGCCCAGAUGGAUUCCUCUAUAAGCACAAGCGGUGCAUCCCGGCCUCGCUGGAGGCCUACUACGCCGCGCAGGACGCCAACUCCAGGGGACGCUUCUACACGGUGAUCAGCCACUACAGCAUGGCCAAGCAGACCACCUCGCACUCCGUCUCCCCCUGGCUGCCCGGCGGGGCCGCGGGGCAGCCGCACGACGCGAAGCCGCCGCACGGCGGCGGCGACGCCCACUGAGCCGGCCAAACACCGAGACGCACACGCGUGCAUACGCCAUGUCUACAUCUGAGUGUGUUAUGUGCCGAUAGGGCCUUUAGACUGCAUGCAGACAUCACAGUCACAAGUCACGUUUGAAUUUGUCUGCCCGUUUGCUCUUACUGAGAGGCAUUUUUCUCAUUCUUACACACACACACACACCAUCCCACUUACUUUUAUUUAUUGACUGUCGAUCGAUUUAUUUUUUACAGUAGCGUGUGGAUGUUUUGUAUGUGGCUCAGUCCUCCAACUCUACCAUCUCCUCUUGUACUGUAUACUAUUUGUAUAAACAUAUAUAUAUAGUCAUGUCCAGUAUUGGUGGGCUAAAAGUAGCUACAUGUACACACUUUUUUUCUAUUGAUUUUUUUUACAUUAAUAGUUUUUUUUUACUGGCAUCUUUGCCUUCCUUCCUUCCUUCCUUCCUAGUUGCUUUUUAGUCUGACAUCCUUACUUCUAUCCAUCAGUUGUUGAAACUAACUUUUCUGCCUUCUUCCGUUGUUCCUACCUUCCCUCCUUCCCUCCUUCCCUUCUCACUUCCUUUCUGCCUUCCUUCCCUCAGACCCACUUUUUAUUCAUGCAUCCUUCCUUCCUUCCUUUGCUUAAAACUGCUUUUCUGGCUUUCGUUCAUGACCUCCUUCCUCCCAAUUAAAACCUACUUUUUUCUUCUUCUUUCCUAACCUCCUUCCGCCCAUCCUACCUUUGUUGCUGCCUUCCUUCCUCCAUUCCCCCUUCAUUCCUUCUAUCAGACCUGCUCUUUAUUUGGCAUCCUUCAUUACAUCGCUUAAAAUUGCUUUUCAUUCUUUCUCUUCAUUACCGCCGUCCACCUCAAAUCUAUUUUCUUUCCUUCCUUCUUUCUCUCCUACUUUCCUUCCUUCAAUUCCUAUUCCACUCCAUCGCUUAAAUCGUUUUUCCUGCCUUCCUUCCCCUCAGACUUGCUUUCCCCCCGGCAUAUUUAACUAAAUAACAUCCUUCCUUCCUUCCUUCCUUCCUUCCGAUUAAAUAUUAAUCGUGCAUCUUUCCUUCCUUUGAUUAUUAUUAUUAUUAUUAUUAUUAUUAUUAUAUUCUGAUUUUUUACCUUCAUUCCACCUCAGACCUGCUUUUCUUCUUUCCUUCCCUCCUACCUAUUUUCCUUUAUUUCCUCAGACACUCUUUUAAUUUAGUUUCAAGCGACUUAUUUGCCUUCCUUUAGUACCUGUUCGAUACCGCUUUCAAAUUAUUCACAGUACCUGUAAGAGCUGUCAGUUAAUUUACAAAGUGUGUAGCUACUUUUGGCCCACUGCGUAUAUACAUUGAUGAGCCAUGUCCUCGACUGCCUCUGCUGUUUAACCUCAGGCAUGACCCCCCCCCCCCCCCCCACCCCGCCCCCCCCCCCCGCCCACGACCCUGACCUCCAAAAAAUAAUGUGGACAAAGUGUGAUCUCUGGUGUUGUUAUUUGACUUAUUAUUAAAUCAAAAAACAUCAAUGAGGAGUUUUUAACCUCCUCAACAUGAUUCAUUCGUGCAUCUAAACAUCCUCUCAACUCAAAUGGUCACUAUUUGGGCCCCCAAGUGUACAUAGAAAUGUGCUUGCUUUUUUUGUAUUACAAUCAUUGCAAAUGUUUGCAGUAGCUUUAAGUGAUAUAUUGUUUCUUUUAUUUAUUUUUUUACAUAUUGCUGUAGCUGCCAGUCAAAAUCAAUUUCCAUGUUGGAAAAUGGAGGUGUGUAUUUGAGGGAGGCGUUUCUAACGUGUUAAUACUCCACACUUUAAUUAAUCUGCGGGACUGUUUACAUGCUGCUGUUUUGGCUAGCAACAGCGUUCAAAUGGGCCUGGUUGUUAAAUCUAAUGUUAUUACUAAUUACGAUUUGUCUCAAUUAGAUGACUCACCCGGCAACUAAUUGUGGACGGACACUAUUUAAGGAAAAUAUUGGUUGAAAUACUGUAUAUUACAUACACAGUGAGCAAUUCAAUGAUUCUAAGAUCUGAGGUAUAGGGGUGCUAAGAGGUGGAACAAACCAUUUUGAGGCCGAGUGUGCUGGAUUUUUGUUGUUAAAAUAUUACAUUUUAACCAAGUACUGUAUGGUUAUACACUUUUUUUAGCUUGUUUAAAAAGGACAGAGUAAAAAAAAAUAAAUCUCAAAUUUUUAGGGGUUCUGGGAUUCAAUUUAGAGGUGCUUAUGCACAGCCAAAAUUGGGCUAGAAACACAUACGGUGGAAUUCAUGCAAACAACAACAACAAAACAAACAAACAAACAAACAGACAGCAUCCAUUGCCAAAAUGUCUUAAUUUUCCUUGAGUUUAUCUACGCAUUUUCUGACUGCACCUUUUCAUUUUGCAGCAUCUGAUCUGUAGUCAAGAGUGCUUUCUAUUGACUGUUGUGAUGUUGUUAGUUGAUAGCGUACUGUAGCCAUACCUGUAAUGAACCCGUGUGCAUCCCUGCCCUCCUCCUACUCUCUCGGUUCAAAACAAUCCCAAUAAAAAGAUGCAGUGACCCGUGA